UCCCUUGGGCACCCCCUAACCCCCUACGGAUGGCACCUCAGCCCACAGAGCUACAGUGGGUGUACUAAGAAUGGAACUUAUCCAUGGGAAGCCACAUUGGCAGCCCUAGAUUUUCUCACCAUCUGGCUUCCUCCGAGACCCAGACCCAACAUGUCACAGCAUCCGCGUCGUACAUGACUGUCCGAGCGCCUUGCUCAACGACUGCUCGAGCCGGGAGACGCUUGCUUGGACCCUACUAUCUGUUCCGGUGACGAAGCGACCCGGCGGCGCAUCGCGUCUCGCCCUCCGCUGCCCCAUGGCUGCAUCCAGCGCCAGAGCGGCCGCCUCAACAACAUGGCGAGCUUCCUCUACUACUAGAGGUAGUGGCCCUUCUUCUCGCACCUUUUCUCGCGGGGCGGUCCGACUGAUGCCCACGUCUACAGUCCCGUUACUACGCCGCGCGAAAAUGGCACCGCCCGUGGCCUCCGCCUGCAACGCGGGCGCCCCGUGGACGCCGUCACGGCCGUCCUCAACCUCGUCGUCGUCGUUCGCGACAAACCCCCGAUUCUCCUACAACAUCGCCGCCUCCUUCAUCGCCAAGGACCGCCCGUACGACCCGUCCACACACGUGUUCCACUUCAACCCCUACAACCGCAUCCAGCCCCCGCGGCAGCGUCGCCGCUCCUCCCGCCCCGACUCGGGCCACGACGCAUUCUUCGUCUCGCGCGUCAACGACUCGGGCGCCGUGGCGUUUGGCGUCGCCGACGGCGUCGGGGGGUGGACGGACUCGGGUGUCGACCCGGCCGACUUCUCCCACGGCUUCUGCGACUACAUGGCGGCGGUGGCCUACGAACACGACGGCGCCGAGAGCCCGCCCCUGACGGCGCGCCGGUUGAUGCAAGGGGGCUACGACGCCGUGUGCAACGACAAGAGCCUACACGCGGGCGGCAGCACGGCGUGCGUCGCCAUCGCCGCGCCGGACGGGACCCUGGACGUGGCCAACCUCGGCGACUCGGGGUUCCUCCACCUGCGGCUCAACGGCGUCAACGCCUACUCGGAGCCGCAGACGCACGCCUUCAACACGCCCUUUCAGCUCUCCCUCAUCCCCCCGCGGCUCGCCGCCCGCAUGGCCGCCUUUGGCGGGACGCAGCUCAGCGACCUGCCCCGCGACGCCGACGUGACGCAGCACUACCUGCGGCACGGGGACGUCCUCAUCUUCGCCACCGACGGCGUCCUAGACAACCUCUUCAACCAGGACAUCCUCCGCAUCGCCAGCCGCGUCAUGGUCUCGAGCGGCGCCUGGCAGAUGACCGAGGCCGGCGGCGUCCGCUGCGCCGACUCGAUAGACGCCCUAACGCGGGCGCGGGCGCGGGCCGGCGGCGACCGCGGCUCUCCCGGCGAGGCCACCACCACCACCACCACCACCACCACCACGCCGGAGCGGACCGUGACGCUCCAGAGCCUGCUGGCGACGGAGCUCGUCGGGGCGGCCAAGAGCGCCAGCGUCAACACCAAGAUAGACGGCCCCUUCGCCAAGGAGGUGCAAAAGUACUAUCCGCACGAGCAGUGGCGCGGCGGCAAGGUCGACGACAUAUGCGUCGUCGUCGCGGUCGUGUCCGAAGAUUCGGCCGGCGCCAAGAGCAAGCUUUGAGAGCACAAGCUUCAAGAGCUUGUUGGCGCUGAGCCGCCCGCGGGAACAACAGUGGCGCAGGGGGAUCAUCACCAUCAGCAUAUAGACAGCAUCACGCAAGUUUUUUUUUUUAUGAAUUAGCCCGUAGGGUUGCUCUUGGGAGCCCUUGGCUUGGGGGCGUCUUUACUUUGAGUAAUUCAAGCAUGGGGAAUGAGAAUACGAUGAUGAUUCUAUCGCACGAAGUGGGACAUCGGGAUGGAUCGUGACUGGCUGUAGCAGGGCCAUCUGCUUCACAUUCUCGCCCUUUUUCCCCCCUUUCGACGUCGAUGCGUUUAUAUUAUACAGGUAGGCUCUUCCCAUGCACGACACGCAAUCACCAGCGGUCAAAGCCCCGGAGUAACUAUCGGCGAUCCUGGACAAAAAGUCAGUCACCACCAAAACCAUCAUCUCUCCUCUCACCAAGGGGGACCAGCCACACAGCCGCAAAAAAAGAAGAAGAAAACGUACCUCGCAAC